AUGAAGAACCCGGCAUUUCGGGAUUCAGAAGGACGGGGUUAUGCUGGCGACGGGGAGGCGACGGGGAGGCGACGGGGAGGAGAUGAGGAGGCGGAGGAGGACGUUGACGUACACCCUGACGCGCCUGAUGACUCAGGCAGGGGCACAGCUCGUCGCACUGUGAUGCGGCAUCUUCUGACAUCCCGCUGCUUCUUCCUCCAUCAACCGUCAAACCUUCAAUUCCUCUGUCUCCCCAUUGCCUUGUUCGAUUUUUCAUCUCCGAGGCGCUCAGCUGGAAAUGAUAAACACAUGCCGACGGCGGCGGCAGCGAUUAACCUCCAUCAAAGGCCACCAUUCCUCUUCAAGGCGGCCAUGAGAGUUGGUAUUGCCUGUUCAGCUUUCGCCCGAACUUUCUGCCCUCGUAUGACACUCGUCGGAGAGGGAAAGGCUGAAGCACAACAGAUGGCAUCCGUGCUCGACCUUGCCAUUCGCACCUCGGAUGCCUUGAUUUCUCCGGGCGCACGGGACCUCGAUGUUGCUUGCUGUGGGAUCCGCGGAUCAACUUCGGGUCCGGUUGACCGCUUCGCGGCUAGCGACGCUUCGAGCAGUGUGUCCGAAGCCAAGCCAUGCGUUGGACGGAGUUCAUCCCUGGCGUCAGCUCGUUGCUUUCUUGGCGCCGCUGCUUUGGAAGGGCGUCGAGCUUCUUUUCGAAAUCUAGAAGAACCUUCGGUCGACUUCAAUCAGAAUGGCCUGGCCGCUCGAUCUAAUCAAUCGAGUCCGAGAAUGCACACUUGCACUAGCAGCAAUGCCCACCACAAAUAUCCAUCAAUGACCAGCGAGAACCCCGGCCAGUGUGCCCACCACGUGGGGAGAUCAACACGGGAUAAUGCCACCGAUUACGCCUGCUCCCUCUAUGUAAUUUCGCCAGUUUUCCUUGGCAGCCCACCUUUGCGCGGGAUGCAGGACGUUAAUGACGAACUCGGUGCCCGCUGUUUCUUCUCCAUUGCCGCUCCCAAUGGGUUUUCCUCUCCUGUCAUCAAACUUGGCCGGGGAAACACCAGAAUGGCAGUGCGCAUCGUCGAACUCUCUGCUCUGGACGUUCGGACUCACGCGACUCUUGCAAUUGUCACUCGCUCAAUUAAUGCCGCCGCUACGAUGAACGAGAAACCAACAACUGAACCACCGACCGUGGGCGAUGCGCCGCGGCCCGGUCCCGACGAAGCCCCCGACAGAGCGCGGUGGCUGGGCGCUAAUUCGAGGCGCGAUGCUGUGAUGUGGUGCAAGAGUGUAUUUUACGAGGUUGUCCUAGGCCGAAAGACAUUGCCGCCUUCGAAGAAUGGUCGCAUUAUUCCACUACAGCUGGACCAAAAUGCGCCCCUAACGGACGAACGACGAGGCGGGCAUCCCUUCCUUUCGAACACCAUCCGAACUUCCCGAUACACUGUUUAUGACUUCAUCCCGAAACAACUCUUCUUCCAGUUUUCCCGAAUUGGCAAUUUUUAUUUCCUCUGUGUGGGCGUCCCGCAGACCGUGCCUGGCCUUUCUACCACGGGAAACUUUACGACGAUUUUGCCGCUACUUUUCUUCGUUCUGGUCACUGUCGCAAAGGAAGGAUAUGACGAUUUCAAGCGCCACCGGCUAGACAAGGUGGAGAACGCGAAAACAGCGCGUGUGCUCAAGCACUCGAAACAUCGCAACACUAGCUCGCAGACCUGGCAGUCUAAGCUUCGAAGCACUCUCCUGGGAGGCUCUCAAGUACUAGGCGCCGGCCAAGCAGUAGAUGAUGGGCCCUGGAUAACAACGAGAUGGUGUGACAUCGAGGUUGGCGACCUCAUCAACUUACGAAGAGACGAUCCGGUCCCUGCCGAUAUCGUACUGCUCCAUGCCGAUGGCGAGAAUGGCCUUGCUUAUAUCGAGACGAUGGCCCUUGACGGCGAGACCAACCUCAAGAGCAAGCAAGUUUCGGCUGCACUGGAAGGACGCGAUUCUGUCGAGAAGAUCGUGGCCUGCGAUGCCGAAUUUGUGGUCGAAGACCCAAACCCUGAUCUUUACAAGUUCGAUGGUCGAGUGACUGUCAACGGAAAGUCGCUACCACUGACUUCCGCCGAGGUUAUAUACAGAGGCAGCAUUCUGAGAAAUACGGCGUCCGCGAUUGGCAUCGUUGUCAACACGGGGGAGGAGUGCAAGAUUCGCAUGAAUGCUAAUCAACACCCCAAGGCCAAGAAACCCGUGUUGGAGACCGUAGCCAACAAGAUUGUCGUUUCCCUGGCGCUCUAUGUCAUUAUUCUUUCUGUCGGCUGCUCCAUGGGAUAUGUAUUGUGGCAGCGGUCGCAGGAGAGAAGGACAUGGUACCUGAGUGGUGCUGAAGUCAAGUUCUACGAAAUCAUCAUUGGUUUUAUCAUCCAGUUCAACAAUGUCAUUCCUUUGGCGUUGUACGUCAGUCUCGAGAUCGUCAAAGUCGGACAGCUACUCAUGCUCAAUUCCGAUGUCGAGAUGUACCACGCCGAAACGGACACUCCAGCUCGAUGCAAUACGAACACCAUCCUCGAGAACUUGGGCCAAGUCGGCUACAUCUUCACCGACAAAACAGGCACACUGACGGAAAACGUGAUGAAGUUCCGCAAACUGAGCAUUGCCGGCACAGCUUGGCUGCACCAACCGGACGUCGAAGUUGCAGAUGGCGAUAGCGAAAACAACAGCUCUGUAGACACCCUGUUUGAGGCUAAGGGGAUCCCGCGCAUUUCAACCCAGCACAUUCGAACCGAUGCCAUCGUAGACGACUACGUUCAAUCUCCAGCGACUCUCGGCAGACCAUCGAUGGCUCGCUCACGAGCACCAUCUACGCGAAGAUCGUCUUCCCAGUGGAGAUCCACGAGCCGUCCGGACCAUGUGCAGCCCGACGUCACUACCAGCGAUCUUCUAGAGUUCAUUGCCCUGAGGCCUCAUUCUCUGUUUGCAAGAAGGGCAAAAGACUACAUCCUUGCAAUGGCACUCUGUCAUACCUGCCUCCCGGAAAUCCGCAACGGUGAGGUCGAAUAUCAGUCUUCUUCUCCAGACGAGCUGGCCAUGGUUAAGGCAGCACAAGAGCUCGGCUAUACUGUUGUUUCGCGGACUUCGUCAAACAUCACCUUACGACAGAGCUCGGAAGCCAGUGAUGCAACCAAACACAUAACAUUCCAGAUCUUGGAUGUCAUCGAGUUCAGUAGCCACCGGAAGAGGAUGUCUAUUGUCGUGCGGUAUCCCGAUGGUCGGAUUUGCAUUAUCUGCAAAGGUGCGGACUCGGUGAUCUUGCCGAGACUUAAGAUGGCUAGCAUGGCGUUGCAAAAGGCCCAGGAUGUGAGGCAAAGCGCGGACCUUGAACGCGAACUUUUGCGCAAAAGUGAACAGCAUGAGCCGAGAAUCAGCAUUGGUGGUCGCGCUAGCAUGUCUUUGCGAAGAAGCAUCGGAAUCGCACGCGGUACCCCAGGCCCGAGUGUUCGGCGCCCUAUGGACCGCAGCCAGUCUUUCGAGACGAGCAAAUUGCGCAAGUCGGGCGACCUCUUGCGGCCAUCCAUCAACAUCCGCACGACUUCUUUCGAAGCUUCGGGGGGUUCUUCUCCCACUUUACCAUACCAAACACCCGAAAAAUUCGCCUUCCUUGACGAACCCGCCAUCGCCGACGACUCGACCAUUUUUACCAGAUGUUUCAAGCAUCUCGACGAUUUUGCCACCGAAGGCCUACGAACGCUGCUUUUCGCUCAAAAGUUCAUCUCGGAGCAGGACUACCUCACCUGGAAGAAAGCAUUCGACGCCGCAUCUACCAGCUUGACGGAUCGCCAAGACAAGAUCGAGGCUGCAGCGGAAACGAUCGAGCAGUCCUUCAACCUCGUCGGUGCUUCGGCGAUUGAAGAUAAGCUUCAACAGGGCGUUCCGGAAACCAUUGACAAGUUGCGGAGGGCGAACAUCAAGAUCUGGAUGUUGACAGGCGACAAACGUGAAACAGCCAUCAACAUUGCCCAUUCAACCCGCAUCUGCCAACCGGUGUCCGAUCUGUACACUCUGGACGUCACUAAGGGAGACCUUCAGGGCCAGCUCGUGGCACUGUCCGAAGAUUUGCACUCUGGCUGUAUCCACAGUGUUGUCGUUAUCGACGGGCAGACCCUGGCGACGAUCGAGAAGUCGGACGACUUGACAGCCCAGUUCUACUCGGUGGUCCCCUUUGUCGACUCUGUCAUUUGCUGUCGAGCCUCUCCGGCGCAGAAGGCGUUGAUGGUCAAGACUGUUCGCUCCCAGCUACGAAAGUUGAAAGGUCGAAUGGGCCACGGUCUUACACUUGCUAUUGGUGACGGCGCCAACGACUUGGCAAUGAUCUCUGCUAGCCACGUCGGCGUCGGCAUCUCUGGAAAGGAGGGUUUACAAGCUGCUCGAGUAGCCGACUAUGCCAUCGCUCAAUUCAGAUACCUUCAGCGACUACUUCUCGUGCACGGUCGAUGGAACUACGUGCGUACGGCCAAGUUCAUCUUGUGUACCUUCUGGAAGGAGAUGUUCUUCUACCUCCCCACGGCCCUGUAUCAGCGCUACAACGGUUAUACGGGUACUUCAUUGUACGAAAUGGCUAGUUUGACUGUCUUUAACACAUUGUUCACCAGUCUGUGCGUCAUCUGUCUUGGGAUCUGGGAACAAGACCUCAGCGCAGAUACCUUGCUUGCCGUUCCCGAGCUUUAUGUGUACGGUCAGCGAAACAUGGGUCUAAACCUGGCCAAGUAUGCUGGCUGGAUGCUGUCAGCGGCAAUCCAGGGCGUGUUGGCGUACUGGGGCGUCUGGGCGGGUUACGUCUGGUUUGCGCACUCGAGUGACCAGGGCCUUUACGCCGUUGGCAACUUGGCGUUCACUCUUGGCGUUGUCUGGAUUAACUACAAGUGCUUCAUUCUCGAGACGCACCACAAAUCGGGUGUCGUGAUAGGAUGCUUCCUCCUCACCUUCUCCGGAUGGUGGGCUUGGCAAGGUUUCCUCUCGUCGAUCUAUACCCGCGCCCCGUCAAUCUACGCCGUACGCGAUGGUUUCUCAAAGACCUUUGGUCGGGAUUGGACAUGGUGGCUGACGUUGAUUGUAAUGGUCACUCUCUUCAUCCUCAUGGAGACCAUUUUCCGCACCCUUCAGCGUUCUCUCAUCCUCGCGGGGAUGUGGAGGUGGCCUUGGGUUCGUAAAGAGGACGACGUUUGUGCGGAUGAGUGGCGUUUGGAGCUUUGGCAAGAACUCGAAAAGGAUCCUAUUGUGAGGGAGAGGCUGAAGAGGUUGGCCAGUGAUGAGGAGGAGGAGGCGGAGGAUUGCGACGAGGAUGUUGUGGUUGGCGAGGGUGUUCGGAGGAAUAAGUUAUGUAUUCGCAACCUCGAGUCUAGCGCGGAGGUAAACCCAUCAAAAAGCCGGUGGCUACUAGGUCCUGGGGUAGUAUACAGGUGCUGUCUCCAACCCGGCGAUGCUGGGAUAAGGCUCCCCAUACCGGAUCCGAGGGCCCCACACGACGGAGCACCGGCCCGGGUGGGAGCUUACAGUGCCGUGGCAGAGGACAGUGCACCAUACUCACAACCAAUCAUUUACGCCAAAUUACGACAAGCCGGGACUGAAUUAGUCCCAUUCCCAUCUGACGGGUACAAAGUUGCAAGCGCCACGAGCAUUCUGGGGCCUGAUGAUGGCUUCGUGCCCUCAGUGGCACUGCUCACCGCCAUCCCGGUGAUGCUGUACCUCGCCUAUCUCAUCAGAUCGCCCGUCACCAUGGACAUUAAAGAGCCGCCUCUAUUACGCCCGACAGUUCCCUUCAUCGGCCACAUUAUCGGUAUCUUGCAACACUCGUGGCAAUAUCUUGACCUCGCCUAUGCAAAGUCGAAAGCUCCCAUGUUUACUCUACCAAUGCUAGGCGGCAAGAUGUACGUGAUAACGGAACCCGACCUCGCACAAGCGGCACUCCGCAACCGCUCCCUCAGCUUCGAUCCGUUUUUGAGGGAUCUCAUUAAAGGGAUGGCUGGCGCCAGCGCGCAGACCAUGAGGGCGUGGGAUGAUCCCGCGUUUUACGGCCCUUGGGUGAAGAGUAUCUACGGGGGUAUGGCGGGGCAAUCGCUACUUGGGCUCAACAUCUCUGCCGUGGGAUGGAUUGCAACUGCGUUGAACGAGAUUGGUAACGACGUCGAGGUUGCGGAUUUGUACAUGUGGAAUCGGGAGUUGUUCACCCUAGCCAGCACGGAUUCGCUGUAUGGGAGUAAGAACCCACUGAGGGCGGAUAAGAAACUCAUCGAGGCGUACUGGGACUACGAAGCAGACGUCAACAAGCUCAUGCUGGGCAUCUUCCCCUCCCUCGUCGCACCAAAAGGCUACCGCGGCCAAGCCCUCUUCCAAGAAGCCUUCAAAUCCUUCUUCGACUCCCAACUCCACGAGGGCGACGACGUCCCAUCCCUCGUCAAAGAUCGUCGGAGACUGAGCAUGAGCUUCGAUAUGACCUCAGCAGAAGCCGCCAAGAUUGAGUUGAUCUUCCUCCACGGCGCCAUCUCGAAUACCUUUCCCUCAUUCUACUGGUUCUUCACCCGAGUGUUCAGUCAGCCUUUGCUUCUUUCGAGACUUCGCAAGGAGGUGCGGGGCGUCAUUGAGGAGAAGGGGCGGGACGUAGUCGAUGGGGAAGAGAAGAGGGUGUUUGUGCUGCAUAUUGAAAAGCUGGAGGAGAGGUGUCCACUGCUCAUGUCGUGUUUCCGCGAGACGCAUCGGUUGUAUGCUGCGGGUGUUCUCGCGAGGAAGGUCAUGGCUGAUACGACUAUUUCUGAUGGGAAGAUGAGCUUCGUCGUGAAGAAGGACUGGCAGAUUUCUGCACCGCAGAGGAUUCUACAGACUGACUCUGGGAUCUGGGGAGAUGAUGCGAUGGAGUUUAUUGGGGAUAGGUUUUUGAAGGUUGCGGAAGAGAAGGGAGAGGCGGUUGUCAAUGUUGCUGUCCGAGGGUUCCUUGGUUUUGGGGGUGGAAAACAUAUUUGUCCCGGCCGGUACUUCGCGAGCGGCGAGCUGUUGGGUUCCCUUGCGCUGCUAGUUGCUGGAUUCGACGUUACCAGUUCAGAUGGGCAGGCCCUUGUGGUCCCAAAGAUUACGGCUGUACCUCUGACCGGCUCUUUUGGAAAGCCGGUGCCGGGCAGUGACCUCAAGGGGCGGAUGAGCAGGAGAGCGGGGUGGGAAGAUGUCAGCAUUUCUUCGUCACAGUGGAAAGACUUCAUCCUCACGUAUUGCAAAGAGUAUCAGAUCCUUUGCGAAUUCCAACAACUCUCUCUUACACAUAUUCUCUUCAACGGCAUGCACUACUAUAGAAGUAGCUGGAUGAAAAUAAAGCCCACCAACUAUCUAGAGGAUCCUUAUGUUCUUGCCUCAAUUCUUCCUAUAGUCACGAUCCUCAAUCCAUUGCCUUCCAUUCCGGCAUGCUCUGUCUACACACCAAAGGUGUUUUGUUUCAUGAUCCGGAUUCGAACCAUAGGUGUUCGAAUCGAGAAGCGCGUCAACAUCAGGCACUUCACCACACCUAUUCGCUCUCUUACCGAAUUUCCAUUUGUGAGGAAUUUCAACUCACGUGAGCGCCCUGACACUGCCCACCCCCAAAUUCUGCAGUUCUGGUCAUCAGGGCAAUUCGUGAUAUGA